CAAGUGGCAAACUCCGUUUCUUUAUUAAUGCAUGACGUAAAAUCUUUAAAAAAAUAAGAUAAUUUUAUACUAGAUCUAUAAAUUACUGUUAGGACUAAUUAAACUUACAGAGGCCAAUGUAGUGCCACAGCUAUCGCCUAACUACAAAUAUUCUCGUUGUUUUUAUCCGACAUACACCGUCAUCAUCUCCCGUUUAAAAAUGGCGUUCCUAGCAAGCAACGGUUAAAACAACUCGGAUUUUAAAUACGAUCAUUUAUACCCGUUUCAGUUGAUGAAUGACCAUGAGGCAUAGUGAUUUAUUAACAUUAUGGAUUUAUUGGCCAUUGAGAAGCUUAUUAUUCAGGCUGCUAUUAGGGGAGAUGAAAUUGUGAAUCUAAGUCACAGAGGACUAACAAUAGUCUCAGACAGCUUGAAGAAACUUAAACAUGCAAAGACACUUUGUUUAAAUGAUAACAAGUUAUUAAUGCCACCUACAGAGCUUGGAGCCAUGGUUCAGUUGGAAGAACUUGUAUUAGAUAAUAAUCAGUUAACUGUGUUCCCCCCUGGUGUUGGCAAACUACAGCAUCUCAGUUACCUUAGUGUAUGUUACAAUCCAUUAGGCAUGCUACCCAAAGACAUAGGACAAGUAACAACUUUAUCACAAUUAUGGCUGGUAGAAUGCCAGUUAAUGAAUAUUCCGGAAGAAUUAGGAAAUUUACAGAACUUAGAGAAACUCAGUUUGAGAUGCAAUAAUAUAUCUUGUUUUCCCAAAGAAUUUUACAAACUGACAAAACUUCGAUGGUUGUGCUUUGCCGAAAAUUAUUUUCAAGAUCUUCCCGAACAGUUUGAAAAUUUAAUAUCACUAAGCUAUCUCAAUAUGAACCAUAACCGUUUUGAAGACAUACCAAAGUGCCUUGGAGAACUACCUAAAUUAAUUAGUUUAAAUAUGAAAGGAAAUUAUAUUCAGCAAGUUUCAGAUGACAUUUUAUUAAGCUUAUCUAAUUUAACCAAGUUUGAUCUUCGAGAUAAUCAAAUUGUUGUGAAGCCAGCUCACUGGAAGGGUUUAGAGUACAUUUUAGUUGGAGAAACAGGAUCUGAUACAGUUUCAGCCGAUACAGAUUCAGAAAUAGCUCAUAGAUUAAGGACUAUUAAUGAAAUACACACAGACGAUGAAAAUGAAAGUGUUGAAGAUUCAGAUUUUGAAGACUUGAAAAAUAAGAUCAGUUAAAUAUUUGUCUUUUUGUAUUUAAUUGCAUUCUUGUAUUAAAAUUUGUUGUUUUUGUAAAUGUAGUAAUUUGUAACUCUUCCCUCUAAUCAAAAGAAAAUUGAUUUAUUCCAAGGAUAUUUGUAGUAGCUAGCAAUUAAUGAGUCUGUACAUGAAUUAGAAAGGUGCCCUUCAGCCUAGCCAAAAGAUUUAUAAAACGAAGGUCGAACAUUUUAAUGCGGUAAUAAAACAUGGUCACCAGAAAGCAAGAAAGACCAACAUACUAAAUGUGCACGUAUAGAGAACCAGCGGUUGCCAGGCAAGAUACGCCUACAUUUUACAAGAGAUGGAUAGAGAACAAGCUAAAAAAAACCCCAGCUGUUGCCAGGCAAGAUACGUCCACAUUUUGCAAGAGAUGGAUAGAGAACAAGCUAAAAACAAAAGCAAUUUUUCGUACAAUCAGGGGCCAUGAUCCAGAAAGGUAUUGUCUGAAAUGUGUAAAUAUGAAAAGGGACAGAGAUCUUUGGGACGUAAACAUAUAUUUUAAGUUUCAUCAAAAUCGGAUAAAAAUUGUGACCUCUAGAGGUUCCACAACCUUCAUAUUACCUUCUUUUACACAACUUGCGUACAAAGAGUGGUCAUUUUGUCGGGCAGUUUCGUUUCAAUUUUCCCAAAAUUUGAAUUCAAUCUUCAUUAUGGUAGAAUGGUGAUAUAUUUAAACGGUUUUUAAAAUCGGAUAAAAAAUU